GCCCUGGGCCCGCGAAGGGACGCAAACUCAGAGACACCGCUGAGACACCGACAGGGGAACAAGGGUACAGCCAAGGGUACAGUAUUACACGUCCGGGAAGGCCCGCUGCCACCACUAUCGAGAAGCACAGGGCCCUUUUUAGCGAGUACUGUACUGUUACUCCGUCCUGUAGUCCCCUGUGGCUGCUUCGUCGUUUGUCCCCACAUAUCCUCGCAACCAUGGCCUUCAACGAACACAUAACCCACGUCACCGCCCUCAAAAAGUACAAAAACCAUUCCUCAGCCCUCCACAUCCUCCACCGCAUCGCCUCCCUCGUCAAACCUCUCAUGCGCGCCCACAACUUCCACGUCAAAACCCUGCGCGAAUUCUUCCCCACCCAACCCAACCUCCUCGGGCUCAACGUCAACCGCGGCCUCGAAAUCCGAAUCCGAUUGCGACCGGCGCGCGACCCGGACUCGUUCUACGAUAUGGUUUUCGUGCUGGGGACCAUGUUGCAUGAGCUGACGCAUAUCGUGCGCGGGCCGCAUGACGCGAAGUUUUAUCAGUUUCUGGAUGGGUUGAAUAAGGAGUAUGAUGAGUUGGUGGCGAAGGGGUGGAAGGGGGAUGGGUUCUUUGCGCCGGGGAAGCGGGUUGGGCAGGGUGUUGGACAUGACUUGCCACCGCAUUUGGCGAGACAGAAGGCUAUGGAGGCUGCUGAGAAGCGGAGGAAGAUUAACGAGGUCAUGAUCCCCGCUGGCGGCCGGCGACUUGGGGGCUCCGAGGGCGUGCCGCUGAAAGAGCUAGGGCUGUCGCCAGCCCAGGCGGCGGCGAUGGCGGCGGAACGGAGGGCGAAGGAUGCGAUAUGGUGUGGGAACGCGCAGCAUGGAUCGGAGAAGGAGGGCGAUGCGGGUGGGAAGGCGGAUGAAGGGGAUUAUGUUGAGGAGGAUGUCGGGGAUGGGAGCGCGGUGAAUGCGACAACCCCGGCUGCGAAUGAGCCUAUCUGGGUGUUGGAUGACGAUGAAGAUGUACCGCCUCGUUUGGAAACCUCGAGCUCACGGGAUACGAAAGAGGCAGCCGGUACCUACAAACCUCCGCCGAAAAGCGUAUGGACGGAACCAAUAUGGAUCGACGACGAGAAUGACGAUACAGGACCACAAAUCAAAGGAGAAUCGUCAGCCAACACGUCGACCGAUAAGGACCGGAAACGGCCGCGGAACUCUUCCAUCGCUUCUGGCCAGCAUCAUACCCGCACAGCAUCCGCAGACACCCAGUGGCCAUGUCCGCUCUGCACCCUUCUCAAUCGGCCAAUGGUCCUGCAAUGCGAGGCAUGCGCGACUAACCGGCCGGAAACACCGCCGCCUAAACGCUCCAAAGGGAUGGAAAGGGAAGUAUCGCGAACGGAAGUGGAGGGAUGGGCUUGUUCACGAUGCACGUUUAUUAACUCCGAGAUGUUUCGGAUGUGUUCUGCUUGUGAAUAUCUGCGGCAGGCGUGAUCACAGCCCUUAUCGGAUGGGCAUUUGGCCCGUAUAUAUACCCCUGGCUUUGCCUACCAUAAUUUUUUUUUUGGGUUAUCCUUUCUGUACCCGUACACGUAUCAGGCAGUACAGUACCUUCUCGAUAGCAUAAACUUCCCUAGUGUCGUGGCUGGUGUCUAUGAACAAUAAAUGCACAAUCGCAAA